ACGUGCUCGCGGGGAGCCAAUCCGCGUAGGCGCGGCGCAUUCGAAAUGGAGCAGGGAGAGGGUGAGAGCCGCGGCCGGUGCGGAGCAGCGCGGAGCGGAGCGGCAGCGCUGCCCGGAGCCUUGAAGGACCUGAGGGGAUCCAGAUUCCAUGAGAAGGAGCACAUAGAAGUGGAGUUAAUCUUUCAGGAAAGAUGCCUAGUAUUUUUUUUAAAUCCUACCACUAAGUUGCUGGAGGACGAAAUGCCUAUUUACCCAGUUCCUGCAAGAAGCUGCUCUGAGGCGCAGUAUGCUACUAUUAUACAGAAGAAUUCUUCACAAAAUGCCUUUACUAGCAGCAAAAAGUUUGGGCGACAACUGAAAUCGCAGGUGUCAGAGGAAGAAAAGGAUAAUCUACUUUCAUGUUCUCAGAAUAAGGCCAAAGAAGUAAAUAGGACUUAUGUGAUUUCUGCCUGUAAAAAAGCGGCUGAUACACCAAUUAUGUUUAAACCUGAAGAUAAAUUCAUGCUCCAGAGGAGAACUAGAGCAAGCAAAGAAUCAGUUGGCAGUGGUGAGCAGUUGGAUGAAAAAACAGCACAGGACAUGGAAAAUAUACAAACAGAGAAAAGACUUGCUCUGCAGAGACGUGUGAGGACUGACCCCACAGAGAAGAGUAAAAUAAAUCGGAAUGCUGUGGCUGGAAUAGAAAAUGAUGACUCUGCUGCUGCACAAAGAGAUUACAAGAUUGUCCUUCCAUCAAGUAGUAGUAGUAAUGAUACCCAUUAUGCUAAACCAAGCUGUAAAUUAGCUGAAGGUCAGUCAAAUACAAAGAAGCACUAUAAUCUGAACAGCAAGGAUUCACUUAGCAAUAUUGAUGGUCUAUCUGAAAAUGACAGCUGCACACACUUCAAAUAUAGGACAAUCACUUCUGAUAAAAAACUUCAAAAUGAAGUUCUUAGAUCAGCACAAUUGGUUGCCUCAAAAUAUACUAAUAGGAUACCAGGAGAACAGCUGAGUGAAAAAGGCAAUAUUAAUAAGGUAGCUGGAAAAGAAAGGUUACAAAACUUAAUUAUAAAACAUAACAGUUUGGAAAGGCCAAGGACACCAAGAAAAGAUACAACAGAAAGAUUGAAGCUUACACCAAAGCAUAGCACUCCUCAGGACAUCAGAAAUUGUUCUAUAUCUGCUUCAAAGAAACAAAUACCUCAUCCUCAAAUUGCAGCAAAAAAGAAAAUGAGUGUACCCAGCUCUCUUUCUGUGAGUAGAGGUGCAAAAGCAGAAGAGAAUGCAACAUAUGUACUAGCUUUUAAGGAAGAAACUCUAGCUGACAGCAAUAGCACUGAGAAAGAUAUUUUCAAAGCAGAAAACAGCAAAGUGACUGUAGCUGUACGUGUACGGCCUUUCAGUAAUAGAGAGAAAAAUGACAACACUUUCCCUGUGGUCUCCAUGAGUGGUUCAGAGACAGCUGUACAAAAUCCGGACACAAACCAAGUUUACAGCUUCAGUUAUGACUUCUCAUUCUGGUCUUUUGACAAGUGUCAUCCUAAUUUCGCAAGCCAAGCAGUGAUUUAUAGAACUUUGGCAGUGCCACUCCUAGAAAGAGCUUUUGAGGGGUACAAUACUUGUCUUUUUGCUUAUGGACAGACUGGUUCUGGAAAAUCAUACACAAUGAUGGGAUUUGAUGAAGACCGAGGAAUAAUUCCAAGAUUUUGUGAAGAUCUCUUCACCCGAAUUGCAAAAAUGGACAAGCAACAGAUUUUGUAUCAUCUUGAAAUUAGCUAUUUUGAAGUUUACAAUGAGAAAAUUCAUGAUUUGCUCAUCUUUAAAGCUGCAAGUGGACAGAAGAAAUGCCCACUCCGUGUAAGAGAACACCCAGUGUUAGGACCGUAUGUGGAGGACCUGACUGUGAAUGUUGUCAGUUCUUAUUCUGAUAUCCAGAGUUGGCUUGAACUAGGAAAUAAACAGAGAGCAACAGCUGCUACAGGAAUGAAUGACAAAAGCUCUAGAUCUCAUUCAGUCUUCACCUGCGUCAUGACGCAAACAAAAGUAGAGUUUGUGGAUGAAGAGCAACGUGAUCGUAGGAUUACCAGUCGCAUAAAUCUAAUAGAUCUAGCUGGCAGUGAGCGCUGCUCAGCUACUCAAACCGUUGGAGAAAGGCUGAAGGAGGGUGUAAGUAUUAAUAAGUCACUGUUAACCCUUGGAAAGGUUAUUUCUGCACUCUCUGAACAGUCUCAAAAUGGAAAGAAAACAUUCAUUCCUUACCGAGAGUCUGUCCUUACAUGGUUGUUAAAGGAAAGUCUUGGUGGAAAUUCCCGAACUGCUAUGAUUGCCACAGUCAGUCCAGCUGCCAGCAGCAUAGAAGAAACACUCAGCACUCUUCGCUAUGCGAAACAAGCUUGUUCAAUAAUCAACAUUGCUAAAGUAAAUGAAGAUGUGAAUGCCAAACUAAUCAGAGAACUGAAAGCUGAAAUUGAAAAACUGAAGGCAGCUCAGAAAAGUGCUCAGAAUACUGACCCUGAAAAAUACCGGCGUUAUUUGCAGGAAAUAACUUCUCUGAGGGUAAAACUGCACCAACAGGAAAGGGACAUGGCAGAAAUGCAAAGGGCCUGGAAAGAAAAGCUUGAACAAGCAGAAAAAAGGAAAUUAGAAGAAACAAAAGAGUUACAGAAAGCAGGAAUUGCAUUCAAAAUGGACAAUCGUUUACCAAACCUUGUCAAUCUCAAUGAAGAUCCCCAGCUUUCUGAGAUGCUGUUGUAUAUGAUCAAAGAAGGAGAAACUACUGUUGGAAAGCAUACACCAAAUUCAGGACAUGAUAUUCAGCUUUCUGGAGUGCUAAUUGCUGCUGACCACUGUGUUAUAAAAAAUAUUGAUGGCAAAGUGAGUAUUUUCCCGCUGAGAGAAGCAAAGACGUAUGUUAAUGGGAAACACAUUUUAGACCCAACAGUUCUACAUCAUGGUGAUCGAGUGAUUCUUGGGGGAGACCAUUAUUUCAGGUUUAAUCAUCCAGUAGAGGUUCAGAAAGUUAAAAGGCCAUCUUGUGGGACUACAUUUCUGUAUGAUGGUCCAAAAGAUUUUGAAUUUGCGAAAAAUGAGCUUCUUGUUGCGCAAAGAACACAACUUGAAUCAGAAAUUGAAGAGGCACAACUGAAAGCCAAAGAAGAAAUGAUGCAAGGUAUCCAAAUCGCGAAAGAGAUGGCUCAGCAAGAACUGACAUCACAAAAAGAAGUUUAUGAAAGCAAAAUAAAAUCACUGGAAGCAGAACUGAAAGAAGAAUCUCGUAAGAAGCAAAUGCAAGAACUGAAUAACCAAGAGGCUGCAAACAAAAUACAGGAGCUAGAAAAGGCAAAGCAAGAUCUUGAGCUAGAAGUACACUUCAACAAGAAGCGUUUGGAAAUGGAGACACAAGCUACCAAGCAGGCUCUGGCAGAUCAUACUAUUCAUCAUGCAAAGAUACUUGAAGCUCUGGAAGCAGAGAAACAGAAGAUUGCUGAAGAAAUAGAAACCCUUCAAAAGAAUCGUGGAAGUGGGAAUAAAACUAUGACUAUUCCACUUAACUGGAAUUCUCUGAAGCUAUCAGUGAUGAUCAAGGAGGCCAAUGCCAUUAGUAAUGAAUUAGGGAAAAAUACUGUUUUCUGCAGGCAUGACAAAAUCGAUGAUAAAACAGGAACAGCAACUUCUGUUCAGGUACAAGUUCGUAAUAUCAAACUGGGAAUUGCAACUUUCUGGAGCCUGGAGAAAUUUGAAUGCAAACUAGCAGCAUUGAAAGAACUUUAUGAGAAUAAUGAUGGUAACAAAGCUGCUGAUGUAUUUUAUGACCCUACUGAUGAGUGGGAACCUGACCUUUCAGCUGCUUCCGUUUCGUCUUUUUCCAGAAGAAGAAGCAGAAGUUUCAUGAAGAACAGGAGAAUUUCUGGAUGUUUGUCUGAGAUAAAAUUACACCCAAUCCAGAAUACACAAACUUCCUAUAUAUCAGGCUCACUGAACAAAUCCAGCAUAUGCCCAAGCUCUUCUGAAUUGUUUAUUCCUGGAAUUUGCAAAGAAUCUUUAAGUUCAGCUUUAGAUUUACUGGAACAGAAUCAUGAAGGAGGAAAGAGCGUAGCAGAUAAUCUCCUAACUAAUUUGUUUACCAUUUUCACUGGAGUAUCUGCCAUUUCAAAAGCCUAUGAACAGCAAGAUGAAGAAAGUCAAGAGAACAUUUUCCUUCUUGAUCGUGCUGCUCAGUCCAAUAGCAUCAGAAUUAUCUCUGCUUUUGACCAGCUUGUGGUUCUAACCAAGCUUUGGCUUAACAAUAUCCAAAAGUGUUCCACAUCUAUAAAAAUUGAUGAAGAAUUAAAACAGGAAGUAAAGAACUUGGGCGGUUAUUUACAGUUACUGUUGCAGGGAUGUUCUUCAGAUAUAUCCUCAAUGGUAAUGGAAGCAUGGAACAAAGUAAACCAAACAGAAAGACAGAUAAUGAAAUAUAUAGGACACUUGGCAAUACUCACAAGAGCUGAUAUUUGCUCUUCUGAAGAGAACAACGUUAUUGCAACUAGCCUACAGAAAGACUUUGUACUUGCUAUUUACAAUGGAGUGGGCUCAGGACUGGAGCUUCUUAUGGAUACAGUACAGGAAAAAGCAAGAGUGGUGCAGAAAGAACUGGUGAAACAACAUCCACAAAAUGAGAUUCAAAAUCAAAUAAAAGACAAUGCUGUGGCUUUAGCCAGAUUCCUUGAAAAUAACAUAUCUUAUUGCAGAAAGAAAGAAAUAAGAUCUCAGUUACCAGAGGAAGAAUGUGUGUAUCAGGAAAUAAAGAAAAACAUGAACAUUGCUGCAAAAUAUUCAGAACUGGAGCAGUGCCUAGCUGAAGUCUAUCAAAUUGUUUCUUCUACAUUACAAGGGUCAUAUCAAAAUACAAGCCAUCUCAGGAGCUGUGCAGAAAAGAUUUGCAUGUUAGCUGGAUAUUUUAACAAUUAUUUCAGUUUAUUUGUCUUGCCUUCUACUUCUGCAAACAAUCCUGUUGAGAAAAUACCCAUGCCUUUUAUGAACUCUGAUGAAUUGGACUCUCUGGUUGAUUCCCUUAUUGCGAAUUUUGAACUUGAACAAGGACAGCAGUCACUGAAAUCUCAGACUCUUUGUAAUGGAGCUACUGGGACUCAAGGAAAAGAGGUUGAAACAAGUGAAGCUGAAUCAGCGAGGAAAUGGAAAGGAAUUCCAGAACACAUGUAUAAGAUGCAGUCAUUGCCUACAUUCCCAGGAGAGCUUUCACCUGGCGGGAUACAGUGGGUGUAAAAUACUAAUGUCAAGAAAUUUGGAGAAAAUUCUGCUGUAUAAGAAGGGAAAGCAACAUAUUACAGAAAGUUAGAAUUUAUUGCUGCUGUUACAUGGUAUGAAAGUGGAUGACUUGAUUGUAUGAGGCUAUAUGCCCUGAAUUUCACAAGGAAAAAGUGAAAUUCCUUAAGACACUGUUAGACUUGAAUAUAGUGUCUUACUUUUCUUUUAAUAAAGAUCUCUUAUCAACUACAGAGUAGUGUAUAAGAAAUAAUCUAAAGCAGUAAGGAAAAUCUAUUGGAGUUGAUGUGAACUGAGAUAUUAAAAGCUAUUGGGGCAAAAACCAGGAAAUUCAGCAAACACAUGGUAGGAUAUUCACGCCUUUUUUUGUUUUGUUUUGGUUUUUUUGGCCUUUAAGUUAGGAGCUUGAAUUAGGAGGAAGGGAAGUGGAAGGAAGGAAGGAGGCAGUGGAAGGAGAUUCCUUUAAAGGAUGACUGUUACAUACAUUUAUGUUCAUAUAUAGUUAGAGAAGACAACCGAUUUCCUAUCUUAGACACUUAAAAGGUAGGCUAUGUGAAUACCAACUUUUUUCUCUUAAUAUUGUUGCUUCACCCCUGCUGCAUUAUGAUCUAGUAGGACUACUGCAUAUUUAAAGUGUUUUUUUAUUUUUCAUUUUUUGAUAUGUCAACCUUCUCUUUUGGAGAAAAGCUUUGUAUUUGUAUUUUUCUGUAGGGAAAAAUUGAGAUACUAAAAAUACUUUAUAAUAUUACUUGAAGUAUGCUUUCUAAUAGUUUUGUAAUCCUUUGAAAAAAUCUGGGUUUAAGAAAAUGGGCAAUGAUAGUACUCCUCAACUCAAUCCUAAGUAGUUCAUGUUGCAUGGUGUUGUUGAAAGUCGUUGCUCAAAUCAUUUUCAGUACUAUUCGUAGCUGUCAGAAGCAUGGCUCUUCCUGAAUAAUACGCGGGUCAUCCCAUGAGGUUGUAGAGAAUUGCACUGAUACAGAAUCUACAAGUAAAACUAGAAGGUACCUAUUGCAGAUAUAGGGCUGGAUGGGGUUAACCUUCUGUGUUUUUAAAGUGAAAAAUGAGGCAAGACAGAGUACCAUGCCUACAUCUACAUACACCUUCAAACCUCUUUGACACACGUUUAGAAAAAUCUAGAUGACUUUGACUUGUUCUACUGAGAUUAUAACAAACCUCCCAGUGAUAAAUGCAGAUAGGAUUUAUUCUCUAUCACUGAUGCUGGAAUUAAAAUUUGAGAGAACAUGGUACUCUGCCACUUCCACAUCACCUCUUGAUUAGCUUACCUCAUUCUGAGGUACAGUUCCUCUAGAAGCACUUUUUGGGCUGUCUCUGGGGCUUAUCUGUGUUCCUGCCUGAACCGUCUAUAAGAACAUUGCUGCAUUUUAUUCAUUACUGCUUCAUACUCCUCUGUGGCUUACAGUGGGCUGUGAUUGUUGGAAGGAUAAGAAUCAGAUCUCAUCUUUGCCCCUUUCAAGGACUAUUUUGUAUCAUUCCUGCCUUUAUAGUGAUGACAGUAUUAGAGACAGAACUAUGGACCAGCUCUAGGUUAAGAGAAUCAGCUUGCCCAUCAGCUACUUCCUCUUGCUUCUUACUUCAGUCAUUGUUUAACCUCUCAUCUUUAGUCUGUUGGCUAAAGCCAGUGAAAAUUAACAACAAGGAUGAAAAUGAAUUUGAAGUUUUAUUCUUUAAUGCUGGGGUCUGGGAGGCCUGGACCUAGCCCAUCUUGUUCACAGUAGUACUGAGAAAAUCAGGAACUGCAUCUUAAGUACCUUCCUUAUACCAAAGCUUCCAAGCUAGGUGCUCGCAGCUAUCAUCUUUCCUUCUGAGGGAAAAUACAUUCUUGAAGAACACUCCAGGCUCUUAAGACUGUUUUCCAUGAAUAGAUUACAAUGAAGAGAGACAAUCACCCUUUUCUUUGUAUACUUUCACAGUGGAUUUGUAAUGAAUGCUGCCAUUCAGUGUGGCUUUUUUUUUUUCCUUUUUCUCUUUGAGGAAUACAGGGAAAGGUAAUUAUGCUGAACUAGAAACCAACAUACCCUUCUCUUAAGAGCAGUAUAGCUUAAUAUUUUGUUGAAAAAUGUCUUGCAGUGCAGUUCUGCAAUCAGAAAUGCUUAACAAAAUAUUGCUAGAAUUUUUGUUUAGUUAAUGUCUUUCACACCAGGUGUGAUGCUUAAUCACUUUUUUCUACUGUAAAGGCUUUUGCAAGUCUAUUUAAAGUUUAACGAAGCAUAUUCAGUUCAGAUUUUUAAAGGUGUAAACAUGAAGAGAAACUUGGCAUACUUGUACUUCUGUAAAUGUACUAUUUUAUAUUUGGUUGAAACUUAAAUGUAACUGGUUCUUCUGAAUCAUGUAUAUAUGUGUGAGCUGUUGUAAAGAGUGAAACUGGAUUAUGUAACUGAUUACCAAUUUUUAUAAUUAAGUGUAAAUUUUUUGUCAGUUUUCUUUUGUAUACUAUUGCUUUUGAGACCUUCCUAUGGUGCACUUACUGAGAACAUUGCAAUGCUGUAAAACUCAUAAAUAUUUAUAAGAAAGGUAUUUUCUGUAGCUCCCAAAUGAAACAAAAAAUGGCUUCUUUACCUAAUCUUUUUUUUCCUAUUAAGACAAUUAACAGGAGCUAGUGAGAGACUGAGUAGUCAUGACCUAAUCAAGAGCCUGUUAAUGUUACAAUACUCCAUCUUUUCCAACUUCUACCAAUAAAUAUAAUGGGCUUAGGUUAAGACCAAAUUACAUUCAAGUGUGAUACUGAUAUUCCCCCUGCCCAGAUGAUUAAUCAUGUUUGCUUGUGUUCUGGUAUUUAAUAAGAAGCGUUACUCAGAAAAUACCUUGUUUUUUAUAGCUCUGUGUGUCAUCAUCAAAAUAUUUUGGUCUGCUUCUCUUUUCUAAAAGACAAAUUCUUCACAAACUUAGAGCUCAAACUGAUUUGUUUUCAAGAAAAAGAGAGCAUGCAAAGAAAUGUACUUCUGCCUAGAGUUUUAAUAAAGAUAGCAGAAGGCUGAUGGACAGCCUUAAUCAUA